AUGAAGUCAGACAUUUGUGCAGGAUCCGAAGAGCUUUCAGGUGGUCCGGGACCCCACUCAGCGCACUGGGACGACGCGUGGGUCACGCCACGGUCCUGUGGCGGCCAAGCACUAAACCCCAAUGCUGCCCCCGACGCCGAUGGGCUGGAGACAGUGGCGCCCACCGCCCGGACGCAGCUGCUGCCCAAGGUGGAAGAUGUGGAGCUCGCGGAGGAUCCGGUGGAAGAAGUGAAGGAGGCGAGUGCUCCCUGGGGACGCUUCAUGAUGCUUUGGUUUUGCUGCACGCUGGCAUCCGGAAUCCUUCCAGGACAAGCCCUUUUUGCGAAGCAGUUUGCAGAUGCCGGUGUCUUCAGCUCGACGUGCAACAAGGAUGAGGACACCUGUAAGGACCAAUACUUGGCUUUGACGGGCAUCUUCAGCGUUGGUCAGAGCUUGGCCUACGGCUUCAGCGCGCCCAUCGGCCUCCUCUACGACCGCUACGGAGCGAUGGUCGUGGGGACCUGGGGCGCUUUGAUUUGCGCCGUCGGGCUUCUGUUUGUGACCACAUCUGUCUGGGGUGGAAGCAAUGGCAUGGACGCAGCCACCUCCUGGCUCUUCAUUCUGGGUGUCUUCACCUGUGACUUCGGGUCGAUGUUGAACAGUUUCUCCUUUAUGGGUUUGAUUUGGCACUUCCCGGGGCGGCAGACGGUGGUCAUCGCUUUGAUCAACGCCACGUACCAAGCCAGUGCUCUUUUGCCAUUGCUCCUUCAAGCGGGCAUGGAUCAGUGGCAUGCGCCCUUGGCUCCCUUCAUGUUUUGCUGGACCGUUGUGGUGUUCAUCACCAUCUAUGGCUGCUACAGGUUGAUUCCUACGCAGAAGGAGUAUUACGAGCAGGCCAAGAAGAUUUUGGGCCUGCCAUUGCCGCGUGCACCGACGGAUAUGAAAGUGUGUGAGAUGCUGAAGCGGGCCAUGGAGGUGUUGCAACAGAAGAAGGAGGAGCACAUCUUCUCCGGUAUCGCGCUAGCAAUUGGCUUCGCGUUGCCGGGAUACUAUGCCUCCAUGACAGCGCCCUACGGCGAAGCCUUGUUCGGGCACAAGUCGGACGGCCAGAAGCUUGCAGAACUCAAUGUGCUUUGCACCUCUGUGGUGGGUUUGGCCUUGGCGCCCUUCUCCGGAACGAUCGGUGACAUCUUCGGCUUAGAGGUGAUCAUCAUGCUCUUCUGCGCCAUCAUGGGGGUGUGCACCAUCACCAUGCCAAUGGCCUCGUGGCCAGCCCAGGCUAUUUGUGGGGGUGCCAUGGCACUGUUCAUCUCCCUCUUCACCAUCUUCAUCUCCCGUUAUUUGCUCAUGUAUUCCCCACCCAAUCGCUACGGCGCCGUGCAGGGUAUGUAUACCCUAGGCGUGAUUUGCAUCGCAACACCCUGGUCCAUGGGCGGAUUGGCAGCUACGGCCGUGUUGCCUCCAGGCCUCAAUGCCUACCUCAUUCCGAUGAUGACCUUUGGCGUGUCGGGUGUGGUGGGCCUGCUGCUGUACGGGGCGUACUUCCGCGCCAAUCCGCCGCCAGCAGUGCCCCCGUUGCUCCCCGAAGACGAGGCGGAGCUGGCCAAAAGCUUCGGCUGCGGAACCUUAGAGCAGGUCAUGGAGAUCACCAGCCUCAAUCGCACCGACUUGCUGAAGAAGAUGUCCAGCACCGACCCUCAGGUGAUUCAAAGCUUGAUGAAGAGCAUUGACACUGAAAAGAUGAUGGAAGUGAUGUCCCGUCGCUCCGUAGAUGACAUCGCAGAUAUGAUGGAGACAGCUGAGGAUGAUGAAGAUGAGGCUGCCGACGCACCAGAGACUCCAAGUAACGCUGCCGCCUCUGCGGCAGCGCCCUCGGCGCCGCCCGCAGCGGACGCAGCGGAAACGCCCAUCCGGGCGCGCGGUAAAUACCUGGUGAGGGUGGUGGCUGCUGGAGACAAGGAGGCGGUGAAGCAAUAUCUGCUUACCGAACCGGUGGACGACAUGUGGCAAACCACCUUGGACAUGGAGGAGUGGCAAACUCCAGCUGAGCAGAAGCAAAUGGAUAAGGACUUUAACAAGCUGAUCCCGGGGAAGGAGUUCGCCUCGAUCCUUCGGCAGCGGCCAGAGCUGAAGAAGUUCGUCUCCCAGGUGAUGAAACGCGAGAUGAACCGGAAGAUUGUGGCCUUGACUGGCAGGAAGAAGAAGUGAGGCGCCACGAGGAACGAACCAACGCACCGCGACCCAGACAUGUGCGUGACCGCGUGGCAAAGCCACGCGAACGUGUUUGUCGCGAGCGUUGUUCUUGUAGAUGCUGGCCACAAGAAUUACAUCCACCCUCAGACCCUUUUUGGG